UGAUGAGUUGGAAACGUAAUACUUGCAGCAAGAACAACAAAUUCUUUCUGAAUUCUUUUUACGAUUGUUGUUAAGAACAAGUAAAUGGUCAGUUAUAAAAGGAAUCGUUGAUGAGUUACUAACAGGCACAAGGGAUUUAUAACAAGGCAGUCAAUGCUGAAAGAAAAAGAUGGAGAAAAAAGACACACUGUUUAACAAGGUUUCAAGAAGUGUGCAAAGCAUAGAGAAUGGCCACUUAAUACCCGAGUUUUCAUCAUUAAACAUAAUUAGCCUUGUUUCUUUUGCUGCUUCGGCAGCAAUGGUAUUUGGUGGAGUUGUACCAUACAUACCACAGUAUUAUGAUAUCUAUAAAACAAGAAAUACAGAUGGAUUCUCUACCCAUGUUUGCCUGGCUCUUCUCGUUGCAAACGUUUUAAGGAUAUUAUUUUGGUAUGGACACCCCUUUGAGCUUCCUCUGCUAGCACAAAGCAUCAUAAUGACAUUUGCAAUGUUAGUGUUACUUGAGCUGUGUACAAGAAUAAAACGAGAAAGUGAAAUGUCUGCAAAAAGAAGAUAUAUUUGGAAUCUAGAAUAUGCCAAUUUUUGGAACUGGACAAACUUCAGAGAUUAUUUGCAGUUUCUAUUUCUCUUCAUACUUUUUGGAGCAUCACUUACAUAUUUAUUACUAGAUGUCAAAGUUUUCUUAGAAACUCUUGGUUUUGUAUCAGUUUUCACUGAAGCAAUGUUAGGAGCCCCACAAUUCUACAGAAAUUUCCAGAACAAAUCAACUGAGGGAAUGAGCAUCAAAAUGGUAGCUAUGUGGUUUUGUGGAGACACAUUCAAAACAGGAUACUUCAUAGUGAAGCAGGCACCAAUCCAGUUUGGGAUAUGUGGAAUGCUUCAGGUCACAAUUGACAUUGCCAUCCUUUAUCAGGUUUAUCAUUACAAGAACCAAAAGUCAUCCAAGAUACAUAAUGUCAAAGAUUAAAGCAAUUUAUUUUUAAUAUUAUAUUUAUUUAUUUUAUAUUCACAAUGUAUUCUCAAAACCCUUGUUUUUAUCCAAUUUUUAUUUGUGUCAUUUAUUUAACACAAAUAGCUUUUUAGGUUUUAUAAUUAUUACUUUUGGUUUAUAAGCCAAAUUUUGGUUUAUAAGCCAAGUUUCAAGGGCAAUGUACAAUACAAAUUCAUUUUCUUUCAAAACAUCAAAAAACCAACAUGCUUUUUAGUUUUUUGUGUCAAAGUUUUUGUGAUUCUAUACAAAUGGGUUUAGGUAGCAUUCCUUGAUAAUUAAAAGAAAAAGUAAAUGCUUUGUUACUAUUACACUACAUUCUAACAAAAGAAUUAUAGAAAGUUUUAUAGGUUACGGCUAAAUAUGCUAUAUUUUGAGUAUAUAUAAUUUGGAUGACAAGAAAUAAAAUUGAAAUACUGUAUUCUCUCUUGUAUUCCCACCCUCUUCCUUAUAAUCAUAUUUUUGUUUUUUCCUUUGGAAAAUUAUUCCCGCCUCUGAUAAUCCUGCAUAAGGGUUUGAUGAAUGAAAGAAACCGCUGCAUUAAAAAUAUACUUAAGGAAUUUUGCAUGAUUUUCAAACCUCAAGUGUUAUCUCUAUCUGUUUUCAUUAUGUUUCAAUCUGUCAGGAUAAAUUUCUAAUAAAUUUUUGUCAACAUUCUUUGCAAAUUACAUGCGAAGUUUCCAUACAAAACAGAGAGAACAUGUUGAAAAAUUCCACUUUCUUAAAAAAUGAUUGAAAAUUAAUCUUGCUUCUCCGAUAAUACUGUCUUUAAUAAUCCCGCAUAUAAAUAGAAGGUUUAUUCAAUAAACCAGCAGUGGGAAUACAUGAGAGAAAAAUGGUAAUUUAACAAACAUUCUGUGUGUUUAUCUGAAGUAGUGGUAGAAGUAUCUUAACAAAAGAAACAAAAAAUGCCAUGUUGGAGUUUGAUGUACUCAUUCGUGUUUUAUUAUAAGCACAUGUUUUAUUAUAAUGCCAACAUGAUCCAAACUCUUCUCACCGUAAGGCUAACACAUUUAAGCAGGGCAGUUUGUUUAUGCUCUUAACUUUUUGUCCUUUUUGUUUUCUUUUUUUGAGCAACUUUCACUUUGGCAAAUAAUUCAUCAAUUUCA